GGGGUAGCCUCUUACCUUGAGCCUCGACUCGACGAUGACCUCAACGUUUGACCUAUUCUCCGAUCUACCAUUUUCACAUCGUGACUAUCGUGUCAACGACUUAUCCUUCGGUUCUCGAUUUUUUACUUUUGACUAUUUGUAUUUUGCAUUAUCUAGAUCUUCAUUGUAUAUUUACUCGGGACUUUUAUUCCAUUUCUCCCUCCUCAUUUUCCCUACCAUUUUGGGAGCAUACAUUCUGCGGCUAACCUUCUUGAAAUGUCUAUCUACCAUUACAUAUCGAACAUCAAGAAAUCUGGUAACUUAGGACGUGGUCUAUUUCGCGGUGAUCCUGCACCCUGCUAAGAAUCUGAGUUUCAGUUCGUAGGAGGAUCGAUUAACAAAUAAGGGCUAAGAAUGAGACGCGGAAUCGGUUCGGUUACGAUCACCGACCCUCUAGUGAAGUAUCAAUCAUUGCUUGCAGCUGGAACCUGCUCGCCUGAUGCUGCUCAGCAUAGGUUGGCAAUUCACCUUCGGAAAAUCUAUCAUCGGCUCAAAGACUAUUCACCUUCGUCUGAUUAUCGUACAAGGCUGAAGGAAAUUACCGAUGCCUUGGACCGCACUAAGAAGAAGGAUGGAGAUGAAUCGUGCACUCUCGCAGUCGAGAGUCAUCCAAUUUGGCGCAAUCCUCUUUUCGCUCGGUUUUUUGAACGCAACGAACGAAAAGAUACACUAGCCUUGAUCAAGGUUCUAACAAGUCAUGAAGAAGCAAUUCAAAUCAAUUCUCCCCGGGGUCUAUUUCUUUCUGGUGAGGUAGGUACCGGCAAGUCGAUGCUUCUCGAUCUCCUGGCUGAGGGCUUGCCUACAAGUCGAAAGAAGAGAUGGCAUUUUAAUACCUUCAUGCUAUACACGCUCUCCCAACUUGAGCGUUAUAGAAAGUCAUAUCAACAACUAGACAGCGGUGAUCAGGAGUAUUCAUUGUUAUGGAUGGCCAAGGAUAUGGUCGAGAAAUCACCCAUUCUAUUCCUGGAUGAAUUUCAGUUCCCUGAUAAGGCAGCGAGCAAAAUUCUCAGUAAUCUGUUCAUCGCUUUCUUCCAGCUUGGGGGUGUUCUAAUUGCUUCUUCGAAUCGUAUGCCGGAAGAAUUAGAAAAGGCUACAGGCAUCGACUACGUUCCCCCUACAACUAGUGGUCUACUGAGUCGAGCCUUAGGACUCCGAAAGACCCGGGACAAAGGAGAAUUAUUCGGAUCUACCAGCGACUUCGCAUCCUUCCUUGAAGUUUUGAAGGCAAGAUGUGAGUUCUGGAGUAUCGAAGGCGGUAAAGACUGGAGACGUCGCGAAGCUGGCGAAUCGUUAAGCCAGCACACCAAAGUCAUUGCAGAGGAUGCUGCGUCCGAUGAUUCAAUGAGUGCCACGACUCAAGCGACUUCUGGCUUUAACGUAGAUCCUCAAGGGAUUCAUGAAUCAGGUGUUUCAGUUGCAACACCGAAAAACUAUUUCAUCAUUGGUGAAGUAGAUCAAGCCCGAUGGAUGAAGACAUUGAAGGACUUGGCCUCACCUAGUGGCAAGGAAAUUCGUUGGGGGCCCUCUACAUUGACUGUUUAUGGUCGAACUAUCACAAUCCGACAGCAGUAUGACGGGAAUGUCUGGUGGGAUUUUACCGAUCUGGUAUCCUCAUUUGGACCAGCAGAUUACAUUACAAUGGCCUCCACCUUCCAUACAUUCAUUAUCGAUGGUAUCCCAACCCUAUCAAUUCUUAAGAAGAAUGAGGCCAGACGUCUCAUCACUCUACUGGACGCCCUUUAUGAAGCUCGCUGCAAGCUAGUCGUGCGGGCCGAAGCCGGCCCAGACGACCUCUUCUUCCCGGAAACUAAGGUUGUCCCGUCACCCGUGAAACCAAACACCCAAGGAGGCGAGAAGGUUGAGAGGGUUAACGACGAUGCCAUCCAUUCCGAGACCAUUGCCGAAGCCUAUCAAGAUUCGAUGUCGCCAUUUAGACCUAACAUUUCAUCGUAUGCCGACUCGAAUAACACGGAUUACGACCCAGACCAGGACUCCGAUUUUGGCGUAGAACAAAAGUCUAAAGUAGACUUUAGCAACACAAGCGCAUUUACCGGAGAAGACGAGCGGUUCGCGUACAAGCGGGCAACGAGCCGUCUAUGGGAGCUCUGCGGAGCCCGAUGGCAUGCUCGCACGGGAGACUGGUGGCAGCCGCUGCCAGUAGAAGCACGACAUUGGGAACACUCGCCACCUUCAAAACCUCGGCUGCCGCCAAGCAUGGAAAGCUUCCGGAAAUCUGACGCUUUUAUGGGAGAAUCAGUAGAGAUCGAAGAGCCGGCUGGCCUACAGCGCCUGCGAAUCGAGCAAUUGAGAAAGGCUUUCUCAAAGGAAGACCACCAGUAAAGGAGUGUCUAAUAAGGAUGUGAUGCCCUGUACUAUAGCUAGAUAGGUAGAACAAGUACACUAUUGCGCAAGCAAAACUUUCUG